AUGGUAGAUGUUGACGCACAAGACAUCGGUCCAGAGACUAACGCACAGGAUAUUGGUGCACAGGAUGUUGCAGAUGAGCCUGAGGGAUUUCUUGGUGGACCCAGGGACCGAUCAGUGCUUACGGAGUAUGCUGACCAUGUUACGGCCAGCGUAUGUACUUCAAUUCAAGAACAUCCUGAGUUGAAGUUAUCCUCCCAUGGGAGGAAGGUGCAUAACUUGGGUAGGCCUAUUCCUACAAUUAAGGACAUGGUUGCUGGGACAGGAUUAAGUGCUUUGAUCGCGUGUUCGAUAGACACCGACGAUCAGGGACUUAUCUCCUCCUUUGUCGAGAGGUGGCACCGGGAGACUUCUAGUUUCCAUUUCCAGCCUCUACACACCAACGAGGUGGUGCUGUUGUUGGUUGAGUUACUGAUGGUCUCAGCAGAGGUGGCCAUGGCCGAAAUAGGCCAAUGUGGUGGACCAUAUGUAUGCCUGCAGUGGCUGCGAGAUGUAUACCAGCAUAGAUGUCAAACGCAGCACUGGAUAGCUACCGCUCGCGCUUAUGUUCUGCAUCUUUUGGGUUGCACUCUUUUUGCUAAUAAGAGUGCAACCCAUGUUCAUGUCGUACACUUACAGGCCCUACGUGAUCUCACUCUUGCUAGGCAGUAUGCAUGGGGAGCUAUUGGCCUCAUCCAUAUGUACGAUCAGCUUAAUGAUGCCAGUCUCAGCACCAGCCGACAGCUUGCUGGUUACAUCACCUUGUUACAGAUAUAUGAGCACUUUUCGUCAGUUGCAGAGUGCAAUGCUGAUUCGGACUAUGACGCGGUGUCACCACAUGCGUGUCGAUGGAUUGCGACAAAGAAGAUUGUGAAGAAGCUCCGCUGGGGGCCUGCUGUUGUCAGAUACAUAUCCGAGAGGGUUAUGCGCCAAUUCGGCUACGUCCAGUGCAUUCCUGCACACCCUGUCCAUUCAUGGGUGUCAUAUGAUGACAUGGACGAUACGUGGACGCACUACUCAAACCAUCUGGCGACAGCAGGUGAUCUAUGUGUUGUGUCAGGUCAGUGUGCACCUGACUACAUAGACUGGUUCUUCAUCAUAUCACAUCCAUUCAUGACUACACCACAGACGGAUCCUCCUCGAGAUGCAUAUGCGACGCAACCCAGUCAUAUCCCUCAUGAGGCAGCACCGACAUCGACACAUGCAGAUCCUGAUGCAGACGAGCCCAGACAUGCAGUGAUCAAGUUGAUCUGUGGAAAACUUGCGAAUCAAGUUGAUCCGUGUAAUACUUGCGGAUCAAGUAGAUCAGUGGAAGACUCGCGGAUCAACUUGAUCCGCGUUUGGUCCACCAUUCUUACACGGAUCAACUUGAUCCGCAAAGGAUUAACUUGA